AUGAUCAAUUUACAAGAGAUUUUGCGUCAGCAAAAGACGAAGGGUCGAGCCAUUGCUUGGUCGAGCAGUUACAAGCAAGUGGACAGAUAUUGGCCAUCAAUUACGUCAGUACAUCGGCAGAAAAUGACGGUUAUUAUUCAUGCGUUGGAAAUGAUUGGAAACCUACGUGAGCGCAAAGGUAUUGGUGGCGUGAUCUUUUUGCCUAGAAGCCGGGACGCCAGAGGUUAG